AAUGGCAAUUCCCAUAUGUUACCUAAAAUAGAUUUUUGCUUUUUGAAACUAAGUGAACACAUAACUAUUUCAUUUCUUAGACUAUCUGUGAAACGCAGAAGGUCCGUUACAGAAAUAAAAUGGGCUCAACCAACUGGAGACACGAUUCCACAGUCAACCCCGUUGUAUAUUUCAAAGUCGGGAAAAAAUGCGAUGGUACAGAACAACAUGGGUGGGUAUGUCUUUAAGCUGAAUGACUCAAAGAGGCUAUUGAGGUUCAUCAUAAUGGGAUCAGAAGGUGGAAGUUACUAUGUGAAGGAGAAGGAAUUACAGAGGGAGAAUGUCACCUGUAUUGAUAGAUUAAUUGGUGCCGGGGCAGGGAGUGCAGGUCGUCCAGCAAAUCAAAGAAAUCAGUGUCAACAGACGCAAUGUGAAGCAGAACGCUUUAUUGCUUGCAUACGCAAUUUGUGCCAGAAUGUAACGACAAGGACACAAAGAAAGCUGCGUACGCCCCUUCUGUCUGAGAUAUGCAGAAUUCCAACUCAUCUCUUUAUGUUUAUUAAAGUACUGCGAACAAGAGAGCAAAGGGGAGGCAGAAGAAUCUGGCACUGGAUGGGGCCGAGCACACAAGCGGGCUGUCAGCAAAUGCAUAUCCACCACAAUACGCAACUUCAUAUCGGAGACACAACUGCUACUGUGACAGCCAUGUAUACAACAACAUCCUCCAGACAACAGCCUCCACCUUCUUCACUUAACGACGACUCAGUUAGAGAAAUCCCGUAUCUUCGAGAAAUGACGAACCAAAAGCUGUCAUCAGCUUCAACAAAGUCAGCAACAGUAGAAGAUUCGAUUCCUGUUCAGGGUUACAACCCAACGCCUUACCCAGAACUGAUGCCAAAUGAAACCAAACGACAACCCUUCAAAGCCAAAGAAGUACCAACUGAAGACAGCAGACCGAAAGAUGCCAUCUUCGAUUGGACAGUUCGCAAUAAUGAAAAUGCCUUUGUGUUUCCAUUGAAAGACAUGCAACGUUUACUGCGUUUUCUGGUGCUAGGAUACUCCGGUGGGACCUAUUAUGCCACAGAGUCUGACGUGCAGAGGGAAAAUAUAGAUUUCAUCAAACAGCUCAUUAAUGACGGCAAAGGUGUAGAUGUUAUCACAAAGGUCACUGAGGUCAAUUUUGAUAGACGCAAUCUUAGACAGGAUUCUUUGCUGAUAGUACUAGCCAUCUGCGCAAGGUGCAAUGACGAAAGCACGAAGACAGCAGCUUACAUGCAUCUUUCCAAAAUAUGCAGAACACCAACUCAUUUGUUCCAGUUUGUUGAAUUCUGUGAGCAAGAAAGCAGAAGUGGGACUGGGUGGGGAAAAGCACACAAACGAGCUGUUAGUGAGUGGUAUACAGGCUUUGCCCCAAAUCCUGAACUGCUUGCUCGUGUCGUCACAAAGUGUAAGAGGCGAAAUAAUUGGUCUCACAUAGAUGUCAUACGACUUUCACACACCAAGACAAGUGAUCCUGCAGUAGGAUUCAUACUUAGGUACAUUACAAAAGGAUUGGACAAGGCGCGAGAAAUGUAUAUUAAUGGUAAGAGGAUAACUUCUCCAGAGGUACUUGCAAAACUUAACAAGUUGGCUGAGCUGAUUAAAGGCAUUGAAGAAGCAGCGACAUGUAUUAAUGUGGACCAACUUUGUCAUAUCAUCCGGCUUAAUAAGCUUUCCUGGGAACAUUGCAAUUCAGAUCUGUUGAAGUACAAAGAUGUAUGGCUCGCACUUUUACCGCAUAUGUCGGUAGAGGCGACCUUGCGAAAUCUAGGGAGGAUGACGAGCUAUGGAAUGUUUGCUGAAAAUAGUGAAGAGGAACAGCUUGUGCUCGACAAGAUAUUGAGAAUAAACACUACACCAUUGCUUCAGCUGAGAGAUGAAGAUAUGUUCAUGAACGAGGAUGAUGAACUGUUUCAUUUUAUUCAGAUUCUCCAAUCUGGGAUUAGAAGAAACAUCGUACAUCCUUUUUCUAUUUUGCCGCCAUUGCUUCAAUAUAAUGCUGGGCACGGAGAUAGGAGUAACUUGUCUUGGACACCAAACAGAAGGAUUGUUCAAGCACUUGAUGAUGCAUUCCAUAAGGCAUUCCAAACCAUACAGUCUUCAGGGAAGAAGUUUUAUCUUGCCGUUGAUGUCAGUGAUUCAAUGUCUCAACCUGUGCUAGGUAGCAGCAAUAUACACUGCUUAACUGCAGCCGCGGUAAUGAUGAUGGUAACAGCAAGAACGGAGGAUCAUUGCAUAAUAAAAGGCUUCAGUGAUGGAAUGGUAGACAUUCCUAUUGAGUCUACGCAUUCUCUUGACAUUGUCCAGCGAAGUUUAGAUGGGAUACCGGCAGGUGAAACUGACUGCUCCCUGCCAAUGAUUGAUGCAAUGGAUAAAAAGAUUAAAGACAUCGACGUGUUUGUUAUCUAUACUGACAAUGAAACAGGGGUCGGGAAGUGUCACCCAUUUUACGCUCUACAAGACUACAGGAAAUACUCGGGAAAACAUGACGUCAAGCUAAUUGUAUGCGGAAUGUCUGCAACAAGUUUUUCAAUAGCCGAUCAGAAUGAUCCUUACAUGCUAGACGUGGUAGGGUUCGAUUCAGCCGUUCCAUCUAUCAUUUCCAGGUUUGCCAUUGGUGAGUUAUGAAGGAUAGAAGGUUACAGAUGUACGACGCUCAAUACUAUCCAUCCAUUAGGUGUACAUACAGAAAGGUUUUAUUUUGUAAUGUUUUUUUUUCUCCAGUUAGUUUGUCAAUGGUCAUUCAAAAUUUGCAACUAUGUGUUUGAAUAUGAUUGAUACCUUUACCACCUUUUUGGAAAAAACCCAACUUAUUACAAAUGACGAGAUGUUUUUACUUGUAGUACAUGUAAAAAUGCUGAUUUAUUUUAAUUCUAUUUGUUUGGUAUUCUGUUUUCAUUGCGUAUUGAUUUUGUAUUUGCAUGAUACAUAUCAUUUCGUAUUGAAUUUUAUCUAUUUAGCCCGUUUAUCUUUUAAGGUCUAGGAUAGGCCCAUUAAUUUCAGCCACAAUAAUGUUCAGUAUAAAGUAUAAUUGAUAGUUAUCUAUAAAUAGAAUAUAUAGUUAUAUUUCGUAAAAGUUAUCUAUAAAUAGAAUAUAUAGUUGGAGAAAAAAUACCGGAAUUCCACUUAAUAAAUAUUUAACAAAAGCUACCAAUCACCAUUUUAUAUUAAGCUUUAAACUCAGUAUUUUCAUAUAUUGUUUUGUUGAUAUUUUUUCAAAUAUUUUUGUACAGUAUUUUCAGUUUACAUUUUUUACUUAUACUCUGGUAGUAAUAUAUCUUUUAUCUACUUCUUUUGUAACUGACGUUGUUUAUUUGUAAAUAUGGUACUCUGGUUGUGAUAACUAUACAGCUAAUAUGUGAUUCUACCAUGCUGUUAAAUAUGUAACAUGAUUAAUAUCGUUAAAAGGUUGUUGAUUUAUCUAUAACCUCUGAAUGAUUCUUGAUCUGUGAUACUAUUCUACUCAUUUUCUUUUAUCGUUGUUUUAUUUUGAAAAUUAUUAAAUGUUUUGUUGAAAUGA